AUGAACUUUGACCAUUUCAUGGACAAGAAAUCACGAACACGAAGACGAAGUGCUGGAAAUUGAAUGGAUUAUAUAUAAAAGUAGAAUAAAAUUUCGGAAAUUAAAUUCUACAAGCAAAAAAGAAAGCCACAAGUGGAAUAUUUACAUAAACAGACAUUUUCAAAACAAAAAGAAACUUUCCUGAUAUCUUAAGAUGUCAAUGUUAAUGAGAAAAUUAUUGAAACCUCAAGGAAAUCUAAUAUUGAAAAGUUUUUCCUCUCAAGCGAAAUCAGUUGAAGUUCAACAAAAUGAUACUGGUGUGACAAUAGUUUCCAUGGCGAGAGCACCUGUAAAUAGCCUUAAUCUAGAAUUUUUAACCGAAUUAACAACUACUCUCAAUGAGGUAAAAAAACAAAAAACCAAAGGAAUUGUCUUGACAUCCUCGUUGCCAACAAUCUUUUCAGCAGGAUUAGAUAUCAUGGAAAUGUACAAACCAGACAUUUCUCGUUGUACACAAUUUUGGACUACACUACAAGAUUUUUGGUUAACUCUUUAUGGACUCGAGAUACCAAUCGCUGCCGCUAUCAAUGGAGCGAGUCCAGCUGGAGGAUGUCUGACAGCGAUUUCCUGUGAAUAUAGAGUUCUUGUUGAUGGCAAACACACAAUUGGAUUGAACGAGACGAAGUUAGGAAUUGUAGCUCCUAAAUGGUUCCAGGACGCUUUUAUUUCUACGAUUGGUUACCGAAAAGCUGAGCUUGCCCUUUUACAAGGAACUCUCUUCUCGGCCCAAGAAUCUUUAAGUAUCGGCCUCGUCGACGAAUUAGCUACAGACAAAGCCGAUGCGAUUGCCAAAUGCGAGAAAUAUAUCAACAGUUUCGCUAAAAUACCUGGUGGUGGAAGAACUGCAACAAAACUUGGAUUGAGAAACAACGCUCUAACCUGGCUGAAGAAUAAUCGGGAAAAAGAUACAGAAAUAUUUAUCAAUUUCGUCAAGUCACCAAAAGUCCAAGCAGGACUCGAACUCUACCUUCAGUCCCUCAAGAAGAAAUAACUUUCCAAAAUAGGUAUCUAAUAUCUUUACUAAAAAAAGAUUUAAUUUUUCGUAGCGAUAGUGUGUUCAAUUUUUAUAAAAAAUUUUUCAAUAUCGUUACUCAAACUUUAAAA